UCCUCAGAACCUUCCUGCCACUGCCUCCCUCUCCUCUGACAAGCAGUCAAUAUUCCCCCAGACUCCCACCCCACCUCUCACAUACUCACCUCUGCCUCCUCCACAUUACUCAAAUCUCUCAACAAAUUCAGACACAGAGCUAAAGAUGUCCUGGACGUAUGCAACCCUUCUGGGUUUCCUCGCUGUGCUUCUAGCACUUUCCUUGUCUCCAGAGGCAGACACUGCAGCUGUGCCCAACAGCACAGGCAGAGCUAAAGAUCCACAAGGUCCACUGAAGAAGAUCUUCAUAAACGAGGCAGAUGCAUCAAACUUCUUCAGAAGACGCAGCAGACGGGCCUCAAAGUCUCAGGAUGAGAUUAACGCUGAGCAGAGGCAGAUUCUGGCUGCAGAUGAACGAAAGAGAGAGUUCCACGAGGAGAAGAGGAACGAGUUUGAGAGAUAUGCUGAAGAGGAGAAUGAUGAACAAAACGAGAAGACUAGAGAGAGCACCGAGCAGUGGAGGGAGUUUCACUAUGAUGGGAUGCAUCCUCCUCAGCACCAGUCCACCUGAGACUGGAGGCCAGUGGAGGAGAGAGGUGAUGCUGUAAAACAUCUUUAACCACAGCCAUAAAUGGAUGUUUUUUCGCUGUAAAGGAGGGCUUGGGUUAAGAGGAUGUGCUAUGAUUUCAUGCUAUACCAGAUAAAGAAAACAUGAAUAAACUGUAUUUACUCAUACUGUAAUAUUUACUCACUUCUGAUGACAUAAGUUAAAUCUAACAUACCGGUAAUUAUUUAAACAUUUAUAUCUCCAUUUUCACUAUAAGAAAUGUUUACAAACUAACUUGAUAAUAAUUCCUGCUUAAAGAAGCAACUCAUGCUAACAAGCCCUUCUUUUAAAUACCUGAAUUUCUGCAACAAUAUAGGCUAUAUAAUAGGCUACAUGCAAACUAAGUGGCUUUUAAUGGUUCAUAUUUUUUGCUUUCUGUUGAUUUUGUUUUAAGG